UUUGUUUUUUUUUUGCGGACGACUUCGGUUUUAUUAUUUUGUCGUAAAUUAUAAAAAUUUGAGGGGAAAAUUUAACAAAACAGUGUCGUAAUUAGUCAUGGACGAUUUUGAUGAUAACCCAUUUGCCGAUCCUUCCAUUUCUCAAGCUCGCCCACCCCCACCAACACUUCAGCCAAUUGACCAUUUCAAUCCAUUUGCCACAGAAAAUAAUGCUCCAUCUCAAAACAAUCAGCCAGCAGUCCUGCCGACUGCACCAUCAGAUCCUCCAUACUCCGGCGGGACCAAACAUUUCAGCCAAGCACCACCACCCUACGUCACCAAACAACUGAACACGACAACUGAAGAUCUGAGGAGACAGCAGGAGGAACUAGACAGGAGGGCAGCCGAGUUGGAGAGGCGGGAACAGGAACUGAGAAGGAACAUGGACCCUUCGGCUCGAGUGAAGAACUUUCCACCUCUUCCAUCCUGGUUCUGUUUGAAGCCAUGCUUCUAUCAGGAUAUCAGCCUGGAAAUACCCAUGGAAUUUCAGAAACUUGUUCGUUAUCAUUUCCAUCUAUGGAUUGCAUACUGUUGCGUCCUGCUGGUGAACAUCAUAGGAUCGAUUUCUCUAAUGGCUAUCCACGGAUCAGAGGCUGGAUCGACAUUCGGCCUCUCCAUCCUCUUCUUCGUCCUCUUCACCCCCCUCUCAUUUGUCUGCUGGUUUAGACCGAUCUAUGAUGCUUUCAAGAAAGAUAGUUCAUUCAAUUUCUUCCUCUACUUCUUCGUCUUCUUCAUGCAGUUCUGCGUCAGUGUCAUUCAGUGUCUGGGUAUCAGUGGAUCGGGCACUGUGGGUUUCAUUAAUGGACUUACAUCGGUCAGUGCUAAUAUUGGCGUGGGACUCUUUCUCGUUCUCAUUGGAAUCUUGUUUGCCGGUGUUGCUGGCACCUGCAUGUAUUUCCUAUUCAAGGUACACCGCAUCUACAGAUCCUCAGGAGCCAGUUUUGCGAAGGCUCAGGAAGAGUUCGCCAAGGGAGUUUUCAGCAAUCCAACCGUCAGGCAGACGGCUGUUAGUGUGGCUUCAACGGCUGCCAGGUCGAACAUGGAGCAAGGCAGAAUGUGAUUGACAGAUUGAUCGAUUGAGGAUUGAUUGGUUGAUCGAUCAGUUGAUUGGUUGAUUGAUUAGUUUUGUUUCGUUAGUUGGUCAGUUGUUAGAUUGAUAGACAGAUUGUGCAGAUGUACCAAUAAUAAUGUAGUAGCCACGAAUAAUUUAAUGACAGUUUGAAAGUUGUGUCUGUCGUUAAAUCUUUGGCAUCGUGUGGCCGCAUUUUUAUAGGUCACGGUUCGUUAGCGCGCCGACAUUCUCAAAUAAUUAAAAUUAUAAACGGCUUCGUAAAUUGAUGAUAGUGAGUAUAUAAAUGUGUGUGUGGAUGUCAAUAAUGAUGAUGACGUCGUGAUAACUUUUACGAUCUUAUCACCUUGUAUGACCCAUCUGAAAUAAUGGUGCAGGCAUUAUUAAAUUGAUUGUUGGAAUAUUGCAGACGACAUAAAGAAUCAUUUUUUCAGGAUUGCAUUUAUCCCUUUUCUAUCUCUCUCUCUCUUUUCUCUCUCUCUCUUCUCUCUCUCUUCUCUCUCUCUCUCUCUCUAUCUAUCUACCUAUCUAUCUGUCUAACUGUCUGUCUGUCUAUCUAUCUAUGCCUCUAUAUAUCUUUCUGUCUAUAUAUCUGUCACUUUUCCACUCUCUCAAAUUGUUUUUUGUCUAAAAAUAAUUCAUUCGUUCAUUUUACUCACAUUUAAAUUUUUUUUACGUAAUAAACUCUUUUCCUCUUUAAAUUUGUUGUACACGUUUAACUUGACAGUACAAUCCAUGUAGAGGAAAUAUGAAAAGAGUAUGCAACUAAUUAUCAUUACUGAUUGUCACGUGUUUUUCUAAUAUUGCAAACUAAUAUUACGUACAUACAAUGGUACGAUGAUAAUCUACCAUCAUUAAUGAUCGUAACAUUGUAAAUUAACAUUGUAUUGGCACGAUAGUUUUAAUGCUGCUCUUCAUUGUUUAACAGCGUUUCGCCUGUCUAAGUCUAUUUGGAGAUUUUCAGAUACUGUUUUACCACACUUUCAAGUAUAUGUGUGUAUAUAUAUUAUAUAUAUAUAUAAAUACGUAAUGUAUCACGAAAUGUGAGGAAAUUAAUUUGGUAACACUGUAGAAGUUAUUUUAAUUAUGCUUCAUUUUGUUGGCUUUAAACUACUAUUUUUAAUAUAAUAUAGGAAAUUAUUUUAAUGUCGUAAAAAUUAUUGCUGUAUAUAGAGAAUUAAAAAUAUAACCAUCCAUUUAUUUAUUUAUUUACAUCAGAAUAGUAACUCAGUCAAAGUUUGUAUUAUAAUAUUUUUUAAAUGCA